CCGAGCAACUGCCAAACGCUCGGAAACCCUUUAUUCGUCAGUUAACCGAUUAACCUAGCGUUUUCUGAAAUAAGUUAAUAAAUUAAUCGCCGGGCUCGUAUUUAAACAGCAGUAUUCCCCCCCAUAACUUGCACUAUUGUCUGCUCCUGUGAAAAUCGGCUCUGAAAUUGAAAGCAAUCAGGCACACGGCGAUGCGGCGAGUUUAAUACAUGAAUUCAAAGAUCGUGUAGGGGAAAUGUAUUGACGAAAUAGCAUUGCAGUUUAUAUCUGCAUUAUCUUUUUUUAAACGGUUUAAUUUAGUCAGUUACUACGUGAACAUUUCCAUAACAGAAGAACAAAGAGAACUUCUCCACAUGCCCCCCAAUCUGGGGCCUCCACUGCAGCGUUGGCUUUGAUUGGACAGCUCCCCGGUACAAUUAGACGUAUCGGAAUCCACGACACUGAUGAGGCUCAAUGUGAGCGCCUGUGAUUGGCUGGCGGGUUUGGCGCUCGCGGAGUCCCCAGUCUUUCCGAACGGAGAGGCGGAUAUUGACUGAGGGAGAAGGAGAAAGAAAGAAGAGAGUGAGUUGCCGAAGCGGAAACAGCGAGAUGGAUUAGAUGGCGCUCGGAAGUUUAGCUGACAGCGGUUCACACGUCUGGUUUUGCCGCUCGUCUUUGCGGGGGUUAAAGGAGGCGUUUUGAAUUGAGGACAGACCACCGCUGUGUUGGUGGCUCUUUGUAGGAGACUCGAGCGCCGGUAUCCACAGGCGCGCGGAGGUGACCCCCCCCCCCCUCCACACUAAUCCCGAACUGCGGGAGCCUCGUUAAUUGAAUCCUAUCUGUACCCCUUGAAGAGCGCAGGACAGGUUGGGGACAAGCAAGGAGGAGAAAGGAAAGCGGGGACAGGGUGACCAUGGGUUUGACUGGCAAGAGGUCGGAGAAAGGCCCGGUGUGCUGGAGGAGGCGCGUGAAAUCGGAGUACAUGCGCCUUCGACAGCUCAAGAGGUUCAGGCGAGCAGACGAGGUUAAGAGUAUGUUUAACACUAACCGGCAGAAGAUCGUAGAGCGCACCGACAUCCUUAACCAGGAAUGGAAACUGCGGCGGAUCCAGCCGGUGCACAUCAUGACAUCUGUAAGCUCCUUACGCGGGACCAGAGAGUGCACAGUGGACAGUGGCUUCUCGGAGUUCUCCAGACAGGUCAUCCCUCUCAAGACGCUGAACGCUGUUGCCUCUGUGCCUGUAAUGUACUCCUGGUCGCCCUUGCAGCAGAACUUCAUGGUUGAGGAUGAGACCGUGCUGCACAACAUCCCUUACAUGGGAGAUGAGAUCCUAGACCAGGACGGCACUUUCAUCGAGGAGCUCAUCAAGAACUACGACGGCAAAGUCCAUGGAGACCGAGAAUGCGGGUUCAUCAACGACGAGAUCUUUGUGGAGCUUGUCAGUGCCCUCAACCAGUAUAGUGACAAUGAGGAUGAGGAUGAAGAUGAAGACCAGCACGACUACAAAAUGGAGAAAGUGGACAUUUGUGAUGGCAAGGAUGAUGGAGACGAUGCAAGGAAGGAACUUCUUAACUUUCAGGGCAGAAAUCGGGAGAGCUCUAGAAAGUUUCCUUCUGACAAGAUCUUUGAAGCCAUCUCCUCCAUGUUCCCCGACAAAGGAUCCCCAGAGGAGCUCAAAGAAAAGUACAAGGAGCUGACGGAGCAGCAGCUUCCCGGGACGCUGCCCCCGGAGUGCACCCCCAACAUCGACGGACCCAACGCCCGCUCCGUGCAGCGGGAGCAGAGCCUGCACUCCUUCCACACCCUCUUCUGCCGCCGCUGCUUCAAGUACGACUGCUUCCUGCACCCUUUUCACGCAACCCCGAAUACGUACAAGCGUAAGAAUAUGGAGAACCUGGUGGACACCAAGCCUUGUGGGAUCGACUGCUACAUGUAUCUAGUGCAGGAUGGCAUGGUGAGGGAGUGCCCGACCAGCCUGGGGGGCGAGCGAGACCGCGAGCGCGCUAAGACCCCAUCUAAGCGGCCGGCGGGUCGGCGCCGAGGCCGGAUCCCCAAUGGGAACAGCAGGCCCAGUACCCCCACUGUCAGCGCCGAGCUCCGGGACGCUGACAGCGACCGGGAGGCCGGCGGAGACGUGACAGGGGACUGCAACGACAAGGACGACGACGACAAGAAGGACGAGACCACCAGCUCAUCGGAGGCCAACUCUCGCUGCCAGACCCCGGUGAAGCUGAAGCUGACCUCGGAGCCCCCGGAGAACGUGGACUGGAGCGGAGCGGAGGCCUCCCUCUUCCGCGUGCUCAUCGGCACGUACUACGACAACUACUGCGCCAUCGCCAGGCUGAUCGGCACCAAGACCUGUCGCCAGGUCUAUGAGUUCCGGGUAAAAGAGUCCAGUAUUAUUGCACGUGCCCCCACAGAAGAUGUGGAUACCCCCCCACGGAAGAAAAAGCGGAAACACAGGUUGUGGGCCACUCACUGUAGAAAAAUCCAACUGAAAAAAGAUGGCUCCUCAAACCAUGUGUACAACUACCAGCCGUGUGACCACCCACGGCAGCCCUGCGACAGCUCCUGCCCCUGUGUCAUCGCUCAGAACUUCUGCGAGAAGUUCUGCCAGUGCAGCUCCGAGUGCCAGAACCGCUUCCCGGGCUGCCGCUGCAAGGCGCAGUGCAACACCAAGCAGUGCCCCUGCUAUCUGGCUGUGCGCGAGUGUGACCCCGACCUGUGCCUCACCUGCGGCGCCGCAGAGCACUGGGACAGCAAGAACGUCUCCUGCAAGAACUGCAGCAUCCAGCGGGGCGCAAAGAAGCAUUUGCUGUUGGCACCAUCUGACGUGGCCGGGUGGGGGAUCUUCAUCAAGGAGCCCGUGCAGAAGAACGAGUUCAUCUCCGAGUACUGCGGCGAGAUAAUUUCCCAAGAUGAAGCUGACCGUAGAGGAAAGGUCUACGAUAAAUACAUGUGCAGCUUCCUCUUUAAUUUAAAUAAUGACUUUGUCGUCGACGCCACGCGGAAGGGCAACAAGAUCCGGUUCGCCAACCAUUCCGUUAACCCCAACUGCUAUGCAAAAGUCAUGAUGGUGAACGGAGAUCACAGAAUAGGGAUAUUCGCCAAGAGAGCCAUCCAGACGGGCGAGGAGCUGUUCUUUGAUUACAGGUACAGCCAGGCAGAUGCACUCAAGUACGUCGGUAUCGAAAGAGAAAUGGAGAUUCCAUGAAUCCGUCUACCUCCCAGCAAAGGCCUUGCACACUUCAGGGUGUUUUUACAGGACAACAAGGAUUACAGACUGUUUGAUACAAUGGUAAUUUGUAGGAUUCUGAUUUGGGUUGUAAUACAAAAUGAAAAGUGAUCGUUUACUUUCGCUGCCUUUCACACUGUUUAUAAAUCCCUGCAUUUUAAGAUUUUUGGGAGGUGCGUGUUGGAGACGCCACAGUAAUGGAAUCAUUCAACAAAAUCUGCAAUACUUGAACAUUCAUUCCUGUUUACAGCAACGAGGGGAAAAUAAAUGCUCUUCAGACUGGA